GUCGACUUGUUUUUUUUUUUUUUUUUUUUCUGAUAAAGUAGUUAAAUAGCUAAGCCAAUCAUAAAAGGUUUCUGUUGUAUCUUAUCUUUAUUCUUUUCUUCAAUGCUAACAAUUUUCUUUUUUCACUUUUGAAUUGUUUUUAUUGUUUAUGUUUCAUAGGGACCCUCACUGUUCAGAAGAGCAUAACGCAAUAUUCAUAUUAUAUUACACAUCUAUCGAAUAAACUAACAAGUCAAAAGUGUGAAUCGAACGUUGCAUGUUAAUUUGCUAUAUAUAUUAUAUAUAUUCAGCCAUUUAUUUAAAUAACUGUUGGUUUCUUCAUUCAACAUGCACAGAAUGAAGAUUCAAUUUUGUUUCAUUUUUGUGACAUUUUUAACUUCAUUUACUUCCAUUCCAUUAACCCAUGCCACGUCUCGUUACUAUCGAACACUAGCGGGUGGUCACCGCCAAGGUGGUUCGACCAAAUUUAACGAACAACCACUAGCGGAAAUUGCAAUCUACGAGGCGGUUUUAGCCCUCCAUGAAGAUGCCUCCGUUAAAGCUUCACCUAACGUUCUUGGGUUAAAGGGUGAGGAUACUGAAUGGGUUACCAUCCAAGUUGACCAUCCAGAACCUUCUCCAGAUGAUUGGGUUGCUGUUUUCUCUCCAGCACAAUUCAAUGGAUCAACUUGUUCUUAUGAAGAUUAUACAAGAAUACAGCCUCCAUAUAUAUGUUCAUCUCCUAUAAAGUUCAUGAAUGUAAGCUACGAAAAUCCGGAUUACGUGAAUACAGGCAAAAGUUUACUAAGGUUGCAGAUCAUAAACCAACGUUCUGAUUUCUCUUUUGCAUUGUUCUCCGGUGGCUACUCAAAGCCGGAACUAAAAGCAGUCUCGAAUACUAUAACAUUUGCAAACCCGAAAGCGCCUCUUUAUCCUCGCCUUGCUCUCGGGAAGUCUUGGGAUGAGAUGACAGUAACAUGGUCGAGCGGCUACAACAUAGAUGAAGCGGUGCCAUUUGUCGAAUGGGCUAUGAAGGGUCACCACCAAGCACAAUCACGUUCACCCGCCGGAACACUAACAUUUACUCAAAACGACAUGUGUGGAGGAGCAGCGCGUGGUGUAGGAUGGCGAGAUCCAGGCUUCAUACACACGGCUUUCUUGAAGAAUCUUUGGCCAAACAUGGUGUACAUGUACCGAAUGGGUCAUAUGUUACAAAAUGGCGAGUAUGUUUGGAGCAAGACAUACUCGUUCAAAGCGUCACCUUACCCUGGCCAGGACUCGUUACAACGCGUAAUAAUAUUUGGAGAUAUGGGAAAAGGAGAACGUGAUGGCUCUAACGCGUAUAGCAACAAGCAUCCUGGUGCAAUCAAUACAACCGACACACUCAUAAAAGAUUUGGAAAAUUAUGAUAUUGUUUUGCACAUAGGAGAUAUGUCAUAUGCCAAUGGAUACAUUUCUCAAUGGGAUCAAUUUUUGGCACAGAUGGAGCCCAUUAGUUCAAAAGUCCCCUAUAUGGUUGCCAGUGGAAAUCAUGAACGUGAUUGGCCAAACAGUGGAUCGUUUUACGACGUCGACGAUUCUGGUGGCGAGUGUGGUGUGCCAGCCGAGACAUUGUUCUACGUUCCUGCGGAAAACCGAGCAAAAUUUUGGUACUCGAUGGAUUACGGGAUGUUUCAUUUUUGUGUAGCGGAUACAGAACACGAUUGGAGGAUCGGUACAGAACAAUAUGCGUUUAUAGAGAAAUGUUUGGCAUCAGCCAAUAGGCAUAAACAGCCAUGGCUUAUUUUUGUUGCUCAUCGUGUUCUCGGGUAUUCAUCGAACGAAUGGUACGGACUUGAAGGCUCGUUUGAGGAGCCCAUGGGUCGAGAACACUUGCAACAUUUAUGGCAAAAAUACAAGGUUGAUAUCGCAUUCUUCGGCCAUGUUCAUAACUAUGAAAGAGUUUGCCCCAUUUAUCAGAAUCAAUGUGUGAACAAUGAAAAAUCUCACUACUCGGGUACAGUGAACGGAACGAUUCAUAUAGUUGCUGGUGGUGGAGGGAGUCAUUUGUCUGAUUUCUCUGAGCUGGAUACAGUUUGGAGCAUUUACAAAGAUCAUGAUUUCGGGUUUGUAAAACUAACCGCGUUUAAUCAGUCAUCAUUGCUUAUGGAGUACAAGAAAAGCAGCGACGGAGAAGUUUACGACUCCUUCACUAUUACAAGAGAAUAUAAAGACGUGUUGGCUUGUGUUCACGAUGGUUGCGAACCCGUUACACUUGCAGCUUAACUUCCAAUUCAACUGACAAUUGUAAAUUUAGCUUUUAAGUGCAUGUUUCAUUAGUAUGGUAUUUCAUUAUAGAAUAAAUGUACCUUUUUGUUGUAAUGAAUGUAAUGUACUUUUCAACU